AUGUCGCUCACUUUCCUCCGAGGUCUCAUACGGCCGUCCCUCUUCUCCUCGACCGCAAUCCCCUGCGCACGCCUUCCCCUCCCUUCUCUGGCCGCUGCCACCGCAAUCCCAAAACCCUCCAUCACCCUGCCAUUGCGCUCAGCGCCCUCUGCACGAGCGCACAAAUGCACGUUGAUCCAAGUCCUACGCCAGGGCCGCGCAGAGCGAAAAGCGCGAAAACUGCGAUCACCGCAGUUGAAGGAUAGGCCGGAGCUGAAGGGCGUGUGUCUGAAGGUUGGAACGACGAAGCCCAAGAAACCGAAUUCUGGAGAGCGGAAGAUUGCGAGGGUGAGGUUGAGUACGGGGAAGGUUAUUACGGCAUAUAUUCCUGGCGAAGGACAUAAUGUACAGCAGCAUUCUGUUGUUAUGGUACGGGGUGGGCGAGCACAGGAUUGCCCUGGUGUGAAGUACCACUUGGUUAGAGGAGCGCUGGAUUUGGGUGGCGUUGGUAACAGAAUAACGUCAAGGUCGAAGUACGGGACGAAGAAGCCUAAGACGGCUGCAUAG